AUGUCUUUUUCUACGGGGCCCAGCUACGACUUCAACCCCUUUCUCCAUAUCCUCACCAUCGAUCCUCCAGUACAGAUCGGUGCCAAAUGGGCGCAGUCGUAUCCUUCCAGCUCAUCGCCUUUGGUUGCGGCGGGUGUGCUGUCCGAGUUCCCUUUGCUCAACCUAGCUCAAGGCGUUCCCGGUGACCCACCAACAGCAGCGUUGCUCGAGCGCAUUCAAUUCGAGUCAAGGCCAGAAAACGCUUCUUCACCAGCAGGUCAUUCUCAUGGCUACGGCCCCGUCUUUGGCGACCCCAAGCUCCGUCAAGCGGUGGCCAGAGACAUCAACAGAGUCUACCGCACCCCGGGCAAGGGCGACAGGAACCAGAUCACUGAGGACAAUGUCGGCAUCACUGCAGGAUGCAACCUCGCCUUCACCGCUGUGGCCACGUCGAUCGCCGCUCCGGGAGACGCACUCAUCAUUUGCGACCCGUGGUACUUCAAUCAUCAGAUGACCAUGACUGCAUUUGGCAUUCAGGUUGCGGCUGUUCACACCAAACCGCCAGACUACUUUCCCGACGUGCAAAUGAUCCGCGCCUUGCUAGCGAGCGACAGUCGAGCAUCGGUAAAGACGAUCAAGGGUGUCGUGCUCGUAACGCCCAACAACCCGACUGGUGCCAUCUACCCGCCCGAGCUAAUCCGCAACGUUGCUGUGCUGUGCAAGGAGUAUCGAGUUGCCCUCAUUCUCGACGAAACCUACCGCGACUUUCUCUUGACGGGCAACGACCUCAACGACCCUUCCAAACCCUCUGCUUCCGCUCCGACGCCUGCAUUGCCCCACGACUUUGCGCGUCCGCACGAUCUCUUCGAGGAUGCGCCACCAGGUCUGGCUGAAAGCAGCUGGGACUCGAAUUGGGACUGGCGCAGCACCAUCAUCCAGCUCUUCAGCUUCUCCAAGAGCUAUGCUAUCCCUGGACACCGUCUCGGUGGCUUCGUUGCGCACUCUGCCUUCCUGCAGCAGAAGAUCAAGGACGCUUCGGGCGCAGACAAGCUUGUUUUUGGGCCCACCGCCAAAGCGCUUGACAACUUCCAGGUGGCUCCUCCACGCACCGACACGCAGCGAGCCGUAGCAUGGGCCAUGGAAGACCCGCAGCAGCUCGCAUGGCGAGCAUCCGUCGCGAAUGAGCUUCGCGUCCGCAGACGGGCAUUCAUUGAAGCCCUCUCAGAGCCGGUCCCUCCCUUCUUCGGCCAGGACGCGAGCCAGGCCAAGUCACCCGAGCAGUGGGGCUGGCACGUCGAGUCCGCCGGCGCAUACUACGUCUUCCUGCGUCACCCGUUCACGACCGUGCCCUCGGACAAGGUCGCUCAAGCCCUCGCCGAGCUGGUGGGUGUGGUCGUGCUGCCGGGCGCCUUCUUCAUGCCCGCUGACGCCGACGCGACUUCGCCCGAGUCUUCCGGCUCACGACUGCGCGUGUCAAUCGCCAACGUGGCGACCGAGAAGCUGUCCUCGCUGCCGACAAGGCUGGCGAUCCUGAGCGAGCUGUGGGAAGAGAGGGGCGCUGGAUGGGGCGUUGCUGCUCAGUGA